AGUGUUCAACUCUGGAGUAUAUGGGGUAUUCAGGGAGUAACAGUAACUCUGCUGUGAGAGCUUGCCAAGCUCUUAUCAGGACUGCUCAUCUUCCUUUGGUGUCCACCUGCUAUCCAACAUUCAUCUGUGGCUCCAUGCAGUUGUGGCAUGCAUAAUGAUCACACCCUGGUAAAACUGUCUUGACAGAUGGGCUUGAAGGUUGAAGGUUGAAAGUAACUGAGCAGCCGCCAACCUAUUGGUGAGAUAGGAGGAUGUCUGUCCCAAGCAUGUGAAGACUUACCCCAAUAGAAUAGGCAGAGGACCAGAAUUUGUUCCCAUAGCUACAGAGCAUGUGAAAGGAGGAGCUGAGAAGCUUGAUCAAACAUCAAAGAUGCCAAAGUCAUCCCCUGCAUCUCAAGCCCUAGUUAGUCCUUCUUACCACUGGGUGUCAAGGACUCUAAAAAAGAAUGAGGUUGACAGCUUUGUGUCUCACUUUUAAUUCAAUUCACGAGCAAGUCAAAACAUCACCCAUGAUGUCAUUUUAUUGAUUCUCUUCAAAAAUGGAAGAACAACAUUCAACUCUGAAAAGUGGUGCAGCUUAGUAGGUAAAGGGUCUUGGGAAUUAGGGAGAUGUGGGUUCAAGUCCUGCCUCUAGUUGUGAGGCUCUGGGCAGACUACUUAAACUUUUUAGUUUCCCAGGCAACUUUCUAGGAUUCAGGGGAAAUUUCAGGGGAAUUGUUGAUGUACCUUAAUCAGUCAAUAAGUAUAAAAUGUUUAUUUCAAGACAUUUUGUUCAGGAAAAAAACAUGAACUUACAAGGUAGUUUUGGGGAAAUAUAUACAAGUAAGUGGGGUGGCGUUUGAACUGGAUCUUGAAGGAAACCCAAGAUUCCAAGAGGCAGGGGUAACCAGAGUACAUUUAAGGCAUGAAAGAUAGCCAGUACAAAAACAUGGAGAUAGGAAAUGAAGCGUCAUCUGUACAGAACAACAGAUAAGUCAAUAUCUAGAUGUCUCUAUGCAAAGAGAGAAGUCAAAACCCUGAAAAGUUAGGAAUCUCUUAUUAUCCAGAAAUUUAAAUGACACAGGAAUUUAUAUUUGAUCCUAGAAACAAGAAGGUGUUGUUAGAAUUUAUUCAGAAGGAUGCAUGACAUGAAGACUUGUGCUUUAGGAAAAUCUUUUUGGUGGUUGUGAGGAAUAAAUUAGAAUUAGAAUUAGGAAGAUGCUUGAGGCAGGGAAACCAAAUGGAAGAUUAUCGUGGUAGUACUGAUAAAGAGAUGUUAAGGGUCUGAACCAGGAUGGCUGUGUAAAUGAAGAGAAGAUAACAUGUGAGAAAUACUGAAGAGAUGAGUAGGAGUUUCUACACCAGGAAAUUCCCAUGCUGAAACCAUAAGUAUAGAUUCUUCCCACCCACCCCUAAUAUAUUAGCACUAAGAUAUUGCAAUAUUGAUUAUUGAAAUGGUUUAACAGAAUCCUUUGAUGUAUUGUAUACUUCUAGGAAUUCUUUAUCAGACAUUCCAGAUAUAGAAUAAACUUGUAACUUUUGGAACUUUGAAUAGAGAAAUCUUUGCAGAAAUGUCAGUAAGAGAGUCUUCCAACAAGACUCAGGUGAUUGAGUGUUUUCAAAGGAGGUUCAGCACUUGGACACCAAUUAUCAACAAAUCAUUGAAUAAACAGCUUUUUCAGGAAAGAGUUAGUCUUAUAACUCAUUGGUUUGAUCUGUGGACUGAUAAGCAACGAAAAGAAUUUCUACUUACAAUAUUGCAAAAAUGCAGUCACUCACAACUAAAGUUUGUCAAAGAUGAAUUUCCUGAGAAGAUUCCAGUGGUCAAAAUGGAUUUCUGUACAGUAUUACCACGUUUCAUUUCUUUGUACAUCUUCUCCUUCCUGAAUCCCAUGGAUUUGUGUGCAGCUGCACAAGUUAACUGGCCUUGGAAGUUUUUAACUGAACAGGAUUGUUUGUGGAGGCCAAAGUGCAUCCGGUUUGGAUGGUUUCUCCCUUAUGAUCCCUCAGAUAAUGAGUAUGGUGCUUGGAAACGUCAUUACAUCGCCUGUGUUGCCACUUUGGAUUGGCUAACCCCAAGGGAAGCUUCUGCCAUCUACGGGACUCUCAAUGAACCCAAAUCAGAAAAUGAAGAAGAAGAAGAAAGGCAAAGAGAAAGACACCUAAGAAAAAUUAUUUGGGAGAAAUUAGCAUUCCAUAGAAGAGAGCUAUUUAAAGUUCGACCCCCUUGGAUGAGUGGAACAUGUUGUUCUACAGUAUUAAAAUCCAGAUGCCAGCCACAACUCCCACAGGUUAUAAAAGAUCGCCUCAAAUUGAGUGCAGCUUCGGAAAAACAGCUUGUUUUAACAUCUUUAGAAGCCUUACCUAAAAAAAAGAAUAUAGCUGGAAGUCAAUCUUAUCCUUUGUUACCAAACAAGUGUUACCACAAAGUUGAUCAGAAGUAUGGCAGCUUUUCACAUUCAGUCCAGACUUCUCUGGUGUUGAUAUCAUCUCGGAUUCCUGCAUAUGAGAUGGUUGUGGAUAGUGUUAAAACUGGUGUCAUUCCUCUGGUAUAUGAAUAUACUGGCUUGACUUUGGAAAGUCUACUGUUGCUUGUAGAAAAAGUUCUUGAUGGUCAGAAGGCACAGAGCAUUGGAAUAUUUAGUGAUGGAGAUUCCAGAAAAAUCAAUUUAAUACAAGGCUAUACAAUUGGUGUUGAAAAUGUGCUGACUCCUGAGAUACGAGAUUUUUGGGAAAAACUUGGAAGCUGUGUGGCUACUCAAGAAGAAGGUGGUCAUGUUGAUAUCUUCAUCCCUCUGGCAGCAUCAGAGGCAGGCACAAAAGUCCUUUUCCAGCUGUCUCAGUUGACUGGAACAAGGUUUAGUUCCCCAACAGGGAUAGCAACUGGAUCCUACCAACACAUUCUUAGUGAUUGGCUGGGACAAGAGCAAGGAACUUCCCCUCCUUCCAUUUACUUCUGUGACCACAAGCUCCAGACAUGGUACAGCUUCACGGAAUUCCUGGAAGAGACCCUGAAAUCAGUCCGGAAGCAGCUGCGACCUCAUUUCGAGGAGCUGCAAAGGAACAUCAGUGGCAAGAUUCUUGGGCAGUUUAUGUUUGAUUCUCUGAGUCUUGCUAACAUUUUGACUAAUCAAGAAACAGCUCAGGUUCUAGCUGAUGGGUUGAUUGAGCUGUCAAAGGAGAAAUCAGAAAAUCCACUAGAGUAUCUGUCAUAUUUUCUGCUGAAGAAAUCUAGCAAAAAGAAGAAAAAAUUGGAUGAAAAUUUUAUCUCGACAGAAUGUGAUUCAACAACUCUCAGUUUAUUAACAAAGGAAAGAAAUAUAAAAGAUCAUUCUCAGGAAAGAAAGACUGAUAUCAGUGAAAAUGAUUUAAAACUCGAGGAGCUCAUUAAUUUGGAAAGGAAGCUCCAGAUGGACUUGGCAGAAAAGAGAACUAGAAUUGCUGGAGAACUCUUGAAAAGUGAGAGAAAUUAUGUUCAGAUGCUGGAAAUUGUGAGGGAUGUCUAUGUCAUUCCACUGAAAGCAGCCCUGGCAUCAAACAGAGCCAUCUUAAGUUCUACUGAUAUCCAGAUCAUCUUCACUGAUAUACUGUGUAUCUUAGAUCUCAACAGACAUUUUCUAGGAGAACUGACAAAGAGACUCCAAGAAUGGGGUCCAGCACAAUGCUUUGGAGAAAUAUUCACAAAGUUUGGGCUUCAGUUGAAAACAUAUACCAACUUCUUCAACAAUUACCCCAUCGUUUUGAAAACAAUUGAAAAGUGUAGAGAAAUGAUUCCAUCAUUCCGGGCAUUUUUGAAGAGGCAGGACAAGACCAUUGUUACAAGAAUGCUGACACUGCAGGAGCUGCUCUUGUACCCAUCUAGAAGAUUUGAGGAAUACAUUAACAUUCUGUAUGGUCUGAGGCUUCACACACCUUCAGAGCAUGUUGACCGCGCAGAUCUGACUAUUGCAAUCAAGCAAAUGAAAAGAUACAUGGAUUACAUAAAUCAGUUGAAGCAAAAUGUCAACAGAAAAAAUCAGUUGUCAGACAUAGAAAGACGUGUCUGUGGAUGCCCCAUUCUCUCAGAAGGCAACAGAUUCCUAAUUAGGGUACAAAAUGUGGCCCAGCUUCAUUACAUCAAUAAGGAAAUCAGCCUCUCAUUAAGGCUCUAUGAACACAUCUAUGACCUCAGUCUUUUCCUCUUCAAUGAUGCACUUCUUGUUUCUCGUCGGACUAUAGUGCACACCCCAUUUGAAAGGACUACUGAGACAACUUAUCAGUUUCUAGCACUGGAAGCCCUUCACCAGAUGCUAAUAGAAGACAUCCCAGACUCCAAAUUUAUCAAGAAUGCAUUUGUUCUACAUGGCCCAAAAUAUCAGUGGAUUUGUUCAACAGAAAAUGAGGAUAAACUGGUAUGGUUGUCAGUGUUGCAGAGUGCAAUCAGAAGCAGUAUUGAGAAGUAUGAUUAGACUUUAAAGGAAAAAAACAAGGGAACUCAUUAGUUGUUCUAAGGUUCCAGGUUAAAUGUCUAAUAGCUAAUAUUAAAGGCACUUUCUCAUUGGAUGGAAGAUUAACUAGGAUGGCACCUUUCAAACUCCAAAUGAUAUAAUAUUGUAAUCUAUACUCAACCACUUAUUAACAGGAGUAAUUAAGCCCAAGAGUUUGGAUCCCUCCCUUUGGUAACUGAUUUUAAUACUCACUGUUAAUGUGCAAUGAUUUAAACAAAUUGAUUCAAAAGACAUUAAAUUUGGAUUCUGUGCUCUAAUGAAUAACAAAAUCAGGAGGAAAUAUUGUAUAUGAACCACGCAAGAAUACACACAUAUACACAUAAUGUAGGGAAAAAAAGUGAAUUCAAAAGACCUUAGAUUAAGCUUUUCCACUUGCUACUUGUCAGGACCUAUAAAAUUCAAGACACUGGACUAGGUUAUCUCUAAAGUCUCUUCUAGCUUUAAUGGUAUGAUUUUUAAAGAUGAUCAGUCCUUCAGAUCUUCAUAUUUGUCAGGCACAUCCCAUCUUAAAUUUUCCUCAAGAUAAUCGAUUAAGAAUAUUUAGAAGUCUAGGUAAUGGAAAAAUUUAUUUCUUGAAGAACUUGGAAUUUUUAAAAAUAUUAUUUAUUAUCUUAUGAUAUUGAAAAUAUCAUAAGAAUUUGGUAUAUAAUGCGUUAGCUUAAAAAGGCUGGGAUUCAGAAAGACUAAAAUGCAAAGGGGCUACACAAAUAGCCUUUUGAGACAGAAAGCCCACCUGGAGGAGAUCAUUUAACCUCUUUGUGUCUUGUUUUGGUAAAAGAUAUAUCCUCACUGGGAGUUCCCUAGAAAGAAGAAAUCAAAGAUUUGGGUUGGGAGAGAAUAGGUGGAUUUCCAAAAAUCACUUAUAUUUCAGACAUUUUAUUUUCAUUACAUAGUUCGGCCUGAAAUAUCUUCUUUCUGCCUUAUUUUCUUUCAACAGAAAAUUUUUAAAAUUCCUAAAUAUGAAAUUUAGCCAAAUGUAACUGUUAACAUUUAAUUUGGAUAAAAGAAAAUUAAACUAAUAAUCUUUAAAACAGGUUACCACUAAACUAAGUAGAUCUUUGUAAUAUUCUGACUGAAGUACACUAAGAAAUUUUAAAGGUUCUUCUGGGAUAGCUAUUUAGAAACUGAAGCAAUAAAAUGUAGAAGCUUCACUAACUGAACACUGAUUAAAUAUAACAUUUUUAAAAGCUAC